UGUGGCAAGGGUGUGGAGUUCGAGUCCAAGAUUUGCCCUGCCGAGUUCACCGAGAGGCUCCUGCAGGAUGAAGGCUCUCUCCCUCCUCCUCCUUCCCGCCCUGGGACUGCUGGUGUGUGGCAGGAUGCUGUGUCCCGUGGAUGAAGCCAUCAAUGAGAAGAUCCAGGAUGCUACCAGAGCCCUAAUUCUUCAGGUAAUAAGGAACAUUGGUCUGGACUGCCGAACCAUCAGCAACAGCGGGGACCUGGCCACUUGCCCCAGAGGCUUCGCUGUCACUGGCUGCGCGUGUGGCUCCGCCUGUGGCUCAUGGGACGUGCGCGCCGACACUACAUGCCACUGCCAGUGCAAGGGCAUGGACUGGACCGCCGCGCGCUGCUGUCGCAUGCAGCUCGCCGCCUGAGGUCGCGCGUGCG